GAUGACGUCGUCACACACCCCUCUUUGGAUUAUGACGCAAACAAAAAGGGACCGACAGGGCUGCAAAGCCCGUGGAACAUUUGUUGCCUAAACUUUACAUGAAUGCUUACAUGUGAUGUUAAUUUAUAGUAGGCUAAAUUAUAAGCAUCAGACGUCUCCACUUUUCUUCCGGACUACAGAUAUAACUACUUGGAAAUGCAGCACGUGUCAACGUUCUGCCUGCUCGCGCCUACUGUGUUGCCACUGCUGUAAUCUGUCGCAUCUGAGUGCCUCACCUGCAGGGGUUUUAAAGUAGUCCUUCACCGGCUCCCAGUCCCUGUCAUCAACCAAAGACACGCUAAUGUCAAAGUUGUGACAGUAAAAAGGAUAUUUUGUAAUGUAACCUUUCACAUCUGUUGACGCAUGACCAACUUGUAUCACAUUACGAUAAGGAAGUUUCACAGAUAUUUAAAGAGACCAUGCCCAACUGUGCACGCUAUCUCAUCUUCUUUCAAUACAUUGGAACCAAAUACAGUGGUGUGGUGAAAGUGCCUCAACAUGAAGUUGUUAAGAAAGGGGUCCAGGACCACUUGGAGGAUGCAAUAAGGAGGCUGAAGCCAAUCAACCCAGUGGCUGUGUCAAUUUCCAGCAGGACAGACAGAGGCGUCCACGCUCUCUCUAACUCCGCUCACUUUGACCUCCAACGCAAGAACGAUAAGCCGCCAUUUGCUGCAGACAUUCUUCUUCAGGCUCUUAAUGCCCAGCUCAAAGAAGAGCAGAUCGGAAUCACCCGUGCCCUUCGUGUGCCUGAUCAUUUCCAUGCCCGGUUCCUCGCCCAUUCUCGGACCUACGUAUACCGGCUCGCACUGGGGAUCCCCUACCACUCUCUGCUUCCCUUCACAGAGCGCCAUCUCUGCUGGAACCUCCGCAACACGGAGCUGGAUGUGGGAGCCAUGCGCGAGGCUGCCGCCUUGUUGGUCGGGACUCAGGACUUCAGCACCUUCAGGGCGGUCAGCACUGAAAUGCAUUUUAAAAAUCCUGUGAAGACGCUUGAUGUGGUCAGCGUACAACCAGGAAGAUCUUUCGUACACACACACUUCCACAGAGAAAUACCAUUCUGGGAGAUCACGUUUACAAGCAGAUCUUUCCUCUAUAAGCAGGUGCGCAGGAUGACGGGGGCCCUGGUGGCUGUAGGGCGGGGGAAGCUCUCUGUGCCCCGGCUGAAGGAGAUACUGUUGGCUAGGGACUCACUCGCUUACCCACAAAGCAUGGCGGCUCCACCUGAUGGCCUCUUCCUCACCAGGGUGGACUACAGAGAGACAGGUGAUAUUUUCCUUAACCUGCAGUGUAGUUUUGACCUGCAACCUUCACAACAGACGUCCGAGGAGCAAUGCAUCUCCAGGGGAAACUCAGAGAAAUAAUUGUUGUUUAAAAACUCCUUCCGUAAUGCUGUGCAAUGUUUGUAAUAAAGUUUGGAAUGUGUA